AUUUCAACAUCCAUUGCCAUAGCCACCGCGGCAAGUACACGACCAGACCCAACUCCGAACUGCCUCCUUGAACAUCUCGGCGAGUCCCGGUCUGUAGUCCCAAGAAGAGGAGGGCGAGGAAGAGUCAUUAAAUAGCUCCGGUGGCAGGGAAAGAGAUGUCGUUAUCGGCAGUGAAGCCCGGCGGUUAGCGUUUGCAGAGGCAGAACCAGGAAACAGCAACACCAGCAUCGAAUGCAGAAUCAAAGCUCGUGAUUGGGAGUGGCAAGAAUUACAACAGAGCAGCGACAAGAAAAUAAAGAAAAGCAAAAUGGGAAACUCUCCCCAGAAACAUUAUUAAUCAAAUACAUGCAUAUAUUGGAACACCCACAAGAAGAAGAAGAAGCAUUUUUGUUACUGUGAGAUGCCCAAGAAGAUUAGGAAGCGGCUUUGAGUUCCAUCCGCCAUGAAAGCGAAGCAAGUUCUUGUUUUGGCGGCUCUGGUCUUGUUCUUGAUCCAGUGCGCGGCGGCCCAGCGGAUCACCCUCAACUCCAGCAUCGAGUGGUCGGCAUUGCGCCGGCUACGGUCGUCUCUGGGGCUCCGAGCCCGGGACUGGCCCAUUAAGGCCGACCCGUGCCGGAACUGGACGGGCGUAGAGUGCCGGGACGGGCAGGUCACGGCUAUCAGCGUUUCGGGCCUUGAGAGGACCAGGCUUGGGCGGAUGAACCCCCGUUUCGCGGUGGAUGCUCUCGCCGAUUUGACCCUCCUGGAGACUUUCAACGCUUCCGGGUUCUUGCUUCCCGGGUCAAUACCCGAGAGGUUCGGAUAUGGCCUUCCGGGUCUUCGGGGACUCGAUCUCCGGUCCUGUGCCGUGAACGGCGCCAUCCCAAGUUCACUCGGCCGCUUGAGCAGGCUCACGUAUCUGUAUCUAUCUGAUAAUAGUCUUACCGGCAAUAUUGCUUCCAGUUUGGGGCAGUUAAAUGAGUUGUCGGUUCUUGAUCUUUCUAGGAAUUUCUUGACUGGGUCUAUACCUGCUUCAUUCUCAUUGAUGAGUAACCUUUCUACGCUUGAUAUUUCAUCGAACUUUAUAUCCGGGACGGUACCGGUAGGUUUAGGAUCCAUCUCUAGUCUUCAAGUGCUGAAUCUUUCGGAUAACAGCCUCACGGCAUCAAUUCCUGGUGAGUUGGGUAAUCUAUCUCAGUUGGUAGAGCUUGAUCUCAGCAAGAACUCUUUUUCUGGCUCUUUGCCUGUGGAAUUGGGAGGGUUGAGGAGUUUGAAGGGGAUGAGAAUUGGUGGUAAUGGUUUAGAGGGUCAAUUGCCAGAGGGGUUUUUCUCAGGUCUCGCUCAAUUGGAAGUUGUGGUUCUUCGCGAGAAUAAACUGGACGGAAGAAUUCCUAGUGAAGUAUGGUCCUUGCCUCGGUUGCACUUAAUUGACAUAUCCGCCAACAACUUCACUGGGGAGUUGCCGUACAUUGGUUUGAAUGGCAAUGUCACUCGGGCAAUUUUCAACUUCUCGGAGAACAUGUUAUAUGGGAAUCUCAACUCUUCGAUCAGGUUUUUCAAUUUAACUGAUUUGUCAGGGAACUACUUGCAAGGCAAAGUAAGUGAUGAUAGUCGGAGAAAUGCUACUCUAGAUAGAAACUGCCUGCAGGUUUUGCCGGAUCAAAGGAGUUUAGCGGAUUGUAGGCUUUUUUAUUCUGAGAGAGGCUUACAGUUUGAUGAUUUUGGAGGGGCGGGACGAAACAGAAGAUGGGUGUAUAUACUGAUUGGAGUGUUUGGUGGGCUUGCCUUAAUCGUAGUUAUGGUUGUAAUUCUGGUGCUGCUCCUGAGAAAGUGCAACAAGGGCAUCCCUGAUCAAACAGGCAUUGCCGGUAAAGGGCCUGCUCCACAUGGAGACGGCCAAAUGGUUCCUAAGGAGCCUUCUGAAUUAUCGGGUCUUGGAGAUGUAUUUUCCUUUCAACAGUUGGCCUAUGUGACCAGUGAUUUUAGCGAGAGUAAUCUUAUCAAACAUGGGCACUCUGGGGACCUGUACCAUGGCAUUUUGGAAAAUGGGACCAUUGUCGUCAUUAAAAGAGUUGAUCUGCGUUCAUUCGACAGAGAAUCAUACAUAAGGGAAUUGGAGAUUUUCGGGAAAAUUUCACAUACAAGAUUCGUCCCACUCUUAGGUCACUGCUUUGAGCAUGAGAAUGAGAAACUUUUUGUCUACAAGUACAUGCCUAAUCGAGACUUGGCAAGUUCGUUCUACAGAGCGACUGAUUUAGAGGAUGAGAGUCCGCAAUCUCUUGAUUGGAUUACCCGAUUAAAAAUUGCAAUAGGAGCUGCAGAAGCUCUAUCAUACCUACAUCAUGAAUGUAACCCUCCUCUUGUGCACAGAGAUAUUCAAGUGGGCAGCAUACUUCUCGAUGAUAAAUUUGAAGUGCGAGUUGGAAGCCUGAGUGAGGUUCGUGCCCAAGAUGGGGAUCCUCAUGGCAAUGUUAUUACGAGAUUGCUAAGGAAGCCUCAGACGUCUGAACAGGGCCUUUCUGGAUCCUCAUCAGCUAAUUGCGCUCAUGAUGUGUUCUGUUUCGGAAAAGUCUUACUUGAACUUGUGACGGGCAAGCUUGGCAUCAGCAAAUCGGAUGAUGCCACAACAAGAGAGUGGCUGGAGCACACUCUAUCUUGCAUCAGUGUGCAUGACAAGGAAUUGGUCACAAAGAUCAUGGACCCGUCUCUGAUUGUGGAUGAAGACUUGCUGGAAGAAGUGUGGGCCAUGGCAAUUGUGGCUCGGUCAUGCCUUAACCCUAGGCCUUCGAAACGACCACUCAUGAGAUACGUGCUCAAGGCAUUGGAAAACCCUCUCAAAGUGGUGAGAGAGGACAGCUCCAGCUCGGGGAGGCUGAGAACUGCUUCUUCGAGAAAGUCUUGGCAUGUCGCCUUCUUUGGUAGUUUGAGACAUAGCUCGUCAGACAGCAAUGCCAUUCCCAUGCGAAUCAAUAGCAAUGGGUUCAAGCAAUCGGGGAGAGUAGGCUCUCACAGUAGCGGUGGGAAUGACUUCUCGUCAUCGCACAAGAGAUUAUCCAGCGAGAUUUUCCCCGAACCAAUUGCAAUCAUGGACAUGGAGAGGCUGGAUGGACAUUAAGAAAAGAAGCCUCAUUCCUUCCAGAGAAGAACGGAGCUGAGUUUGCUUAAGCACCCCACUCCUUCAAGGGUCUGUUCUGUUCGUUUUGAAACUAUUUACAGAGGAAACCGACUCUGCCCAACCCUUCUUGAGAUUAUAAUCCACUGAGCUCGACAUAGAUGAGUGUGAGCUCAUUAGUUUGAGUGAGUUCGUAAAGAAAGGCAGAUAGAAUAUGUUUUAGCCCCCAUUCUUCUUGGCUUUUCUGUCCAUACAAGCAGCGAUUUUUCGUGUCAUGAUUUGCUCAUAGUAUAGCUGCCAAAGUAGAUUAGAAAAAUCUGUGAAUGAUAUGGAGAAAUUCAAGUGCCAUAAACUUUGCUUGUGUUAGUCUGUUAAGGGCGUCAGGAAGCCAACUCUGGUGUACCUGAAGAACAUUUUUCCCUCUUCAGGUUUUGCAGUGGACAAGAACAUAUUAGAUAUAGUUUCAGAGA